AUAAUAAUUUAAAAUCAUUUUAAAAAUGGACGAGGGAACAGAGCUGUCCGUCACCAUAGCUCAGAUUGUCCAGCGCCUCAGAGGAACUCACUUACACACCCACCUCGAGAAACAAGCCAGAGAAUGUUUACACGGUCCUGAGAUCAAGCUUGAAUCUUUAAAAGAAGACGUCCGCAAUUUCCUAAAGGCUUCAGGGUGGGAAAGGAAGUUGCAGAAUGCUGUAUACAGAGAACUGCACAUUUUGCCUCCACCUGCUCACCCUGCAGCUACUCCUGAGCACACUAAAGAGCCGCUGGAAUACAUGCGCAAAGCACAGGCCUGCUGGGAAAAAAGGAUCCUUAAGAGUCUCAACAGUAUGUGUACUGAGUUGGGGGUUCCACUGGCUCAGAAGCGGCCCAUUGCAGAACAGAAACAGCUAACAACCAAGUGGAAUGAGAUGGGCACUGAUGAACCAGACCUAAGCAAGUUCAGGCCUGUGUACGCACCCAAAGAUUUCCUCGAGGUGCUAAUCAGUCUGAAGAACCCCAACCAUGACUGCAGUGAGGGACUUAAUUCCAGAAGCCACUGGGGACUCAUCCAGAUCUCCCUCAAUGUCCGUGAUAUCCCACAGAUGAGGGAGGCUUACGCAGAACUGGGCUUGACUUGUGGCCAACUUGGCAUAGAUGACCAUGCACACAUUCCCCCAGAUUUGUUUGAAAGUGAACACAUUCGUAUUGGAAAGAAAGUGUUGAGUGAGCAGGACAGUGCGGCUGCUCAGCAGUAUAGCAGGCAGGGUUGUCCCACCGGCCUCAGAGCUCAGCUAUGGGCUCUCAUCCUCAAUGCUACUAAUGAACCUGAGGACAACAUGCAUUAUGAGCAACUGAAGGCUGCAGUCAUCCACCAUGACGUGCUGGUAGAUAACCUAAUAUAUAAGGAUGUGAAGCUGACUGCCAGUAAUGACGAUUGCUACUUUGUGUUUGAAGACUUUUUGUAUCAGGUCCUCCUGUGCUUCUCUCGAGACACAGCAGUUUUGGAGCAUUUCAGCUAUAACAGUGCCACCCCUGCCAAAUCUUACAUCCAGGGUAAGACCAGUGCAGAGAAGUUUGCUGUGGUGUAUCCUCCAAACGGUGUUAUCCCUUUCCAUGGAUUCUCAAUGUACGUGGCUCCUCUGUGUUUCUUGUACAAUGAGCCGUCUAAACUGUACCGUGUGUUUAAAGAGAUGUAUGUGCGCUAUUUCUUCAGACUUCACUCCAUAUCCUCUUCCCCCUCAGGUAUAGUUUCUCUGUGUCUGCAGUUUGAGAGGUUACUCCAAGCCCAUCUUCCUCAGCUCUUUUAUCACUUACAAGAAAUUGGGGCCCAACCAUUGCGCAUUGCCUUUAAAUGGAUGGUUCGGGCUUUCUCGGGGUACCUGUCCACUGAUCAGCUGUUGUUGCUCUGGGACCGUAUCAUCGGCUACGACUCUUUAGAGAUAGUGGCAGUUCUGGCAGCUGCCAUCUUCACGUAUCGAGCUGAAAAUCUGAUGGAGGUGACAUCACUGGCCUCGGCUGAGGCUGUCCUGGCUGACCUCUCGACCCUGAAAGUCAUGCCCCUACUGCAAAUCUUCCUCUUUGCUCCAGUCAUCUGAGGAGCCUUAAUGUAUGUGACAUCAAAGGCUCUGCCAGGCUGUGUUCCAGACUACUGGGACUGAUGACACUUCAAAUGUAAAACAAACCCCAUUUACAUUUUCUAAAAAUGCAUUAAAAACUAAGAACUUACAAAUCUAAUUGUGCUUUCUAAAUAUAAUAAACAAUAGAAUGUGACACCAGCAACACACUUUAAAAAAGGUUGGGACAAAGGCAAAAUAAGACUAAGAUUAUACAAGUAACACUGAUUGUUCAAGAUUAUUAUAAAUAGAGCAUCCACCAAAUGUGUCUUUGCAAGCAAGGGGUUGUCAUGGUUCACCACUUUGUGCCAAACUUGCAUUGGUCAUGAGAGAAUUGUCAGUCAGUACAAAGACCAUGUUUCUCAGUGGAAGAUUUCGAAGAAUUUAGGUAUUUCCCCAUCUACAGUUCAUAAAAACAUAAAAAGGUUCGGGAAGUCAGAGGAAAUCUUAGUGCUUAAAGGCCAAGAGUGGAAAGGAAAAGGUAAUGUGACCCAGUGGUAGACAUGCUUCUGUCCCAGCCUUUUUGAGUGUGUUGCAGGCAUCAAUUUCAAAAUUUCUUUAUAUUUAACUAAAAGAAUUAAGUUCAUCAUCUUUGCCCUUUU